AUGACUGAAGAAUUUCGGCUUUUACAGAAUCAACUAGAGAAAGAAGUCUCGAUUCAAUACUACCUUGCGACGUUAUCACAGGAAACAUAUUCGAGGACGAAGAAUGUUAUAUUAGAUAGUAACGAUUUAACAGAAUUUUCUUCGAAUGAAAUUAUUAGAUUUUCAAGCAUGCGUCCAAAACAAGAAGAACUCUAUGCACAGCUAUACACAGAUAUUUUACGUGAUAAAAGCAUGAAUGCAAUAUUUAUUAAAUCUAUCAAAACAAAUUAUACAAGUUUUAGUCGAAGAAUUGUCGAUCUUUCAGGUAUACUUUUAUCAGCAAUGGAUUUUAAAGGUGAUAAACAGAAUCAACUUGCUUUUGCAGAUUUAAUUCCAAAUUAUUACGCAGAUAGUGAUGACUCGGUACAAAAAGUUACAAAGCAAUGGGUAUAUGAAGCAUACAUACUGAAUUCAGUUGGACAUAUUUUACGUUAUGAUAAUAUCGAUCAAUUAAGAGAAAUUCAUGGUUCUACAUUUGAUGUAAAUCAAAGAAUACCAAAUGGAGAAUUUGAGUGUUACAAAUAUCCUACAAUGCCACUGAUUUCUGUCGCUGCAAGAUACGGAUCUAUCAAAUGCUUCAAAUUUUUACUGAUGAACAAAGCCUUGAUGGAUGAGGAAACAGCAAGUAUGGCAGUAUCAUCAGGCAAUUGGGAAAUAGUAAAAAUUUGUGAACAAUCAAAAUUAUCUUUCGAAGACGCAUCAAGUGCAACAACUUUUCAUAGAUAUGAGUUGAUUAAAUGGUUAUAUAAGAAAACACAUAAUCAUGUCAUCUCUCUUACUAAUAUUGAGUCAUUAAUGACACUUGAUCGAAUUAAAGAUAAAGAAUCAAUGUUAUUUACUUUAGUUCGUAAUGGGCUGUUUAAACCCGCCAAAUUUUACAUAUUUAAUGGUGUCAAAGUCAAUAUUUUAAAUGAUGGAAAAACUUUAUUACAAACUGCUCGAGAAAAGAAAAACAAGAAGUUCAAACUGUUCUUAUUACAACAUGGAGCUCUUGAUGACGGCCAAGAAGAUAGCGAUGAUGAAGAUGAAACAAAUGAAAAUGAUAAUUCAACUUUUUAUUUCGAUCCUAAACUUCUAAAUGCAUAUGAUAUAUCUGAAGUUGUUGACAAUCCAAUCUAUCAAAAAGCUGCAAAAGUUCAAAAACUUACUGAAGAUUUAAUUAAAACUGAUAAUAUCACGGAUUUACCAUCAGAACGACUCAAAUGGUUAAAAACAUUUUAUGGUUCUGAAGCUGCUUUCGUUCCUCACUUCAAUCCUAAUGAUGUUCCAACAAAAGAAACCUUUAAUUUGAAAGUUGAACAAGAAUUCCAAAGACAAGUUGCUAAAGGUCUUGUUAAUCCAGAAUAUAGUGCAGCAUUUUCAACAAUGCCUACAAAAAAGGAACCAGAAAAGGCUGUUCAAACUAUUACUUCAAAUAGAAAGAAAGUUCAAUACACAUGGUUUCCAACAGCUGAAAUUAAUACUGCGAAAAUGACAAUUGACUCUCUUCCACAUGUGAAUGCAGUACAAAGACAAGAACUGCAUAGAAAAUUUGCGUUGCAAGUUAUUAACAUCAUUUCACAGUUUGAUGCCAUUGGAGAACUAUCUGAUGAUAAGAUUACAGUUGAACAAGCAAGUUUACUGAAACAAACUUUAACUGAUGCGUUGUCUGAAGUUAAAAAAGCACUUUUUAAACCAUUUGGUAAAAAGUUGAAUGAAAAUAGAGAACCAUUAUAUGCUCCUCGAGGUCUAAUAUCCGAUGACAGAUCAAUUAAGCCUUUAAGAGACAAAACUUUGGGAACAAUCUCAGAUGAAAUCCUUAAAAGUAAUGGAAAACGCGAAACUUCUGGUCCAGAUUUAGGUAGUUUCGCAGCAAAUCUUGAAGAAGUAGAACAAUUACCACUAGAAUACAGACCAAUUCCUAAUUCUCAGCUGAAAAAGUUUGAUUAUGAGUCAUUUGAUAAAGCAGUUGAAGCAGCAAAACAAGAUGUAUUCAAAAGAGGCUACAUCAAGACAGAAAGACCAAAAGAAACUCCAACAACGAAAAGAAAAAUCACGGUUUUAUCAACACCAAGAAAACCAGAGAAACCAAAGGCAACAGAAAACUUGGAGUUCAAGCCAAAGAAGAAAUCCAAGAAAGAAAUCAAAGUCCCAGCCAAAGAAGAAAGGAAACCAGUCACUUUGGACAAAUUCAUGACUCCAGAAGUCAAAUUUUUCAUUGCUGGAAAGAAAAACCUCAAAACAGAGGAAAGACAAACUCCUGAUGUCAGUUACUUGGACAAAAUGUUCACAACAAGACCUCCUGAUGAAGUAUUUCAUGUCACAGCUCCUCAAGAAACUAUUCCUCUUCCAAAAUUCGAGAAAAGAAAGCCAGAAGUACAAAAAGGAAAUUAUUAUCUCAGACCAAACGAAAAAGAAAUUUCGGAACUUCUCGAUACUUCAAACUUGUUCGUGAACGAAGAAAAGCCUGAAGAGCAUGACCAGCUCACAGAACUAUGGGAAGUUUUGAGUCUUCAUCCUGAUAGUCGUUUGUUGAUGGCUUCUAGAUUGUGUUCAAUUAUUGUAAAUGAUUCAACAAAUGAUUAUCACUUUAAGACAAUUAAACAGACUACGAAAUUGCUUGUUAAGUACAAGAAAUUAUACAAGAAGAUCAAAACAACACUGGGAUAUGAUCCGAAGGCUAUCACUCCUGAAGGAACAGAAACUCUUAACAAAUCUGUUAAAGAAUUGUUGGUAUUGAUAGGAUCUUUGAUACAUGCUGAUAGAGAAUUGACACAGAUGCUUGGAAGUCCUUUGAUUACAUCAAAAGGAUUUAGAAUUCCUGAAUAUUUACAUCAUAAUAAUUUGAAACUCCUUAAACUUGCUCAACAAGCAAAUAUUGACAUUGGAACACUAGGUGUUUCUGAAUAA